AGUACUCUUUGCAACAUGUUGAAACUUUUUGGCGGUAGCUCCGCCCAUCCCUUAUAAAGCCCCUGCCUUCCCGCUCUUUCCCCAGUUCCUUUUUUCCGCCGCGUUAGCUGCUUAGGGAACUUCGCUGUUGGAAAUCUCAGUUUGGAAUCACGUUUUUGACACCAUUUGGCUUGGACUCUGGACUGUGUUUUUGCUCGCUCCUUCUGAUUUGGCAAUCUUCCCGGACCGGCAUUGACCUCGGACUGUCUGACUACGAGUUGUGAGUGGACCAUGCCAUCAGUUCCCUUUAAGAAAUGUUCUGUUUGCGGGGGUAAGAUUCCCGGUCAAGACCCCCACUCGGCUUGCCUUUUUUGUUUGGGCGAGACGCAUGUUCCUGCAUCCUGUGCCCUGUGCAAAUCCUUAACCCCUCAGGCCAGGAAAAAUAGGGAGACUAGAUUGAAGGCCGCUAUUUAUACGAAGGUUUUCACCGCGGGCGCUAUGUCUUCCCUACCGGCUCCCUCCACGGCCGCAAACCCGUUACCGACUUUGCCUGAGACUCCGGCCCAACUUGCUCCCACCGAGCCUGAUAGAGCUGGAGAUGUUGCUCCCACCUCAUCAUCCGCUCCUCGAGCUUCCCUGGAUGCCCCGGUCACCGAGGCCCCGCUGGAAGGCGCACCUAGAUCCUCCAAGAAGGAUAAACAGGAGAAGCGCAAAAAGAGCUCGAAGGAGGGCCGCGCUUCAGACAAGGAUUCGAGCUCCCACAAGGGUCCUGCCUCGAAAUCCUCUGUCCCUCAGGCCUCUACCGCCAAGGGCUUAAAGUCUCCAGACCCGGCCAAGGCCCAGGCCACCGUGCCACUGGCGCCUUCGGCUUCAAAGAAGUCCCGUGCGAGGUCCCCGGACGGAGGACACUCGGCCGCCAAGCGCCACCGUUCUGAGAAACGGGAUACAGACGGGUCCAGACAUAAGGAGACCCCCCGAGAGCCAUCGGAUGCCGAUCGGAGGCCUUCAGAUCCUCGCUCCGCGGCUAGAGCCCUCCGGACCCCCGAGACCGUCGACACCCGUCCCGGGCGCCGAAGCACUUCUCCAUCCGGAUCUCGGCCCCUCUCGACGUUCCGUCAUGCCCCGGAGGACAUUAUUGUGGACCUUUCCGAGCCGGCGUCACCUGCCAGCCCGAGGGAGGACAGGCGAUCCCCCACCCCGAUGCCCGCGUCGAUGGUCCACCAGGCCUUGGUGCAUCGUGCCGCUUCGCCAUCUCCUCCGCGCCCCUCCGAGGCCGACUAUUUCUACGAUGAGGUGACGGACACCUACUACAUGGCUGUUCCUCGCGACUCCAUCAAGUCCCACUUCAGGCCACCUGCUGAGAGACCUAGACCACGUGCAUCCUCUAGGCCCUCUCGCGCGCCUAGCCGCGUUUCGGCAGCCACCGAUCUGGAGGUCGUUGAUCUGGAGUCAAGACAGGAGACAUCCUCUCAGGCUCGCUACCAUCCUGGAGACGACUCGGAUGCCUCUUCUGAAGACAACUAUCGGCCGUCCAAUCAGGAGUUCGCCCAACCGGGUGCAGUGUCCCCCUCGGACGACGUACGCACAUUUGCCGAGCAUGUGAUUAAGAUGGGUAACGCUCUUGAUAUUCAAUUCGCCCAAGCAGAAGAUGAGGCCUCUGAUCCAAUCGAGAGGAGGAUUCAUGGCAAGCUCCCCACUCCACCUGCCAUUCCUCUGCUCCCCUCAUUGGAAUAG